CUUGGUGAGAGGAAAGAGAGGGAAUGAGGAGUGAAAACAGGGCGAUGUGUGUGCUGUGAAUUUAAAGCUGGGUGGGUCUACACUGUUUCACAUUCCCAAAUAUCUCCCGGGGCCGUGCGCGUUAAAGCACUCUCAGUUUUCAGAAGGCCACGAUGUUGAUGCUUGCUGGAAUCGUUGUUCUGCACAUAACCACCAUCAUCCUGCUUCUGGUGGCAGCCAUUGAUAAUGCCUGGUGGAUUACUAAUACAGUGUCGACUGACUUGUGGGGCAGGUGGGAGUUGGCGAACUCCGCCUGGCAUUACACAAACCUGGAAAACUACCCAGAGGACUAUCUCCAGGCGGUGCAGGCCACCUCAGUGCUGGCAUGUAUUUUUGCCAUUCUGGCCUUGUUUGUGUUUGUGGCUCAGCUGUUCACCCUGCCCAAAGGCCAGAGGUUCACCUUCACCGGCAUUUUACAGCUAAUCGCCUGCCUGUGUAUAAUGACAGCAGCCUCAAUCUACACGGCCAAGUUUCACACCAAUGAAAUGGAGGGAGGGUACGGACACUCUUACGUCUUGGCCUGGAUCUCUUUUGUCCUCACCUUCAUCUUAGCAAUCACCUACCUCAUCCUACGGAAGAAGAGCGAGUGAGAAGAUACUAAGAAGGAGCGCAGGCCUGGGAUCAUGUUCCCAGUUUGAAUUUGGGAAAUUAAAGAAUAGGAUUUGUUUAAAAAAUUGGAGAGAGAGGAAAAAAAACUUAAGAUCGUUGAUCUGCAGCUAAGAAAAUGGGGAGGGGGGGAGGGGCAUGUUCAAUUGCUUACAAGAGCCAUUUGUUUAUAGUUUGAAUAUCAUAAAUUGAAAUGGAUGUCAUGCUUACAUUACAUGAAGGGCUAAACAAUUUUACUUCACAUAUUCCUAUUUGAUUAAAGAGAGAAGAGGAGGGUGCAAGCUUUAAAAGUGCUUAUUUUGUAGCAGUAUAACUAUAAAAUAAUUACUAAAUCAAAUGUCUUUUAUAAGGUAGUUACAUAUAGGUUUGAAUAAACUGUCUAUAUCCAUUAGUACUGUAAUUGAAUAGUUUGACCUUUCGAGAAAUAUAUACGCUUUCUUGCGGAGAGUAAGACGAGAGGAUAGAUGCCAGUAAUACAUCUGUGUGAAGCGACUGCCAGGCAGUUAGCUUAGCAUAAAGACGGGAAUCAGCUAGACAAAAACUAGUCAAAAUGACAAAUUGUGGUUUUAAGGGAGAUAUGAACGGGACUGUUUGUUGGCCAAGCACUGAUUUAAACAAACAAGAAGUUAGUGAGCAUGAGGUGAUGCUUAUAGAUUUAGUUGCCUGGCUAGCCGUUUCCAGUCUUUGUACGAAGCUGCGCUGACUGACUGCUGUAGGCAGCUUCAUGUUUACCAUACAGAAAUGAGAGGGGUAGCAAUCUUUUCAUCUAACUCUCUGCAAAAAAAAGAAAUAAAUAUUUCUCAAAAUCACAAACUAUUCCUUUAAGAAUCUAACAAAGUUGACCAGGUGGAAGGAGAAAACCAAAGCAAAAGCCCUUUUGAGAUUUAGUAGUUGAAAGUACUUCCUGUAUAACCACAUUGUGAGGCUGACGGUUACUACUGCAGGUUUCCAGAGUUGAAGAGUGAAAAAAUACUGUAUCUGAAGGUACGGCAUGUCGGCAAUGCUACAUUUCUGUUGCAGUACUUGAACAAUCAGGAAAGACAAGCCUUAAUACACAGUGCACGUUUAAUCAUGUAUCCUUAUUUUACAACUGAAGUAUAGUGUAUCCUUUUUUAAUGUACAUUGUAACCAUUAUAUUUUUGUAAAAUUUUGUAUUGAGUGUUUUUUGUUUGUGUCUGUAGUUGGCUGCUAUCAUAAGAAAACAACAUGCAAUGUGUACAGGUGAACAUAAAGUGAACCAGGGAUGGAGGGACAAUGGUGUUUCAUUUCACCAUAAUUCAAAACUAUGCAAUAGAUUUUUGUUUUUGUAAUUACAUUGGAAUUUAAGCCAUAUCAUUUAUUAAUAAAAAACAAAUUAUAACA